GUGGUGACAGAUUUGAGAAACAUCAGAGGGUUUGGUCGUACUAUUUGAGAGGAAGAAGACAAUGUGGAGGGAUUUGACAUUUAGGUCUCCUGCAGUGAGGAUGUUGCCGUUUCUCCUCCUUCUGUUAACAGUCACAGAAGAUGGCCAUGCCCAUCGUGUGCUCGGGGUGAAGAAGAAUGGCUCCUGUCAGUGCGAGGUGAACUCCACCAUGUGGUCUUUCCCGGCGCUGGACUAUGAGGCCGUUCUGCUUCAGGUUCAAACCUGCGAAGGAUCUCUAAAUAGCUUGGAUGAACAGCUGUGGCUCUCCACCAGCCGUAUUCCUCAGGUUCAGGCUCAACUUGCGAAUGUGACAGCUCGAUUACAGCCCUUUCAGUACCUACACCGUCAGGGCCUGUACACCGCUCUGUCCCUCCGUCAGCUGGGCCAAGACCUCACCCAGCUGGAGACUGACCUCAGUGCAAUCCAUACCCAGCUGAACAACGCACAGACACAAAAACUGUCCAAAGAGGUGGAAAAACUGCGUAAAGUUGUAGAAAGGAUGCAAGUCUCAGACAUCAUUAACAUAAAGAGUGUGAAAGAAAAUCUACGCUAUCUGAAGAACAGCGUGGAGUCCUGCAAGACGAUCCCCAAAGACUUUAGAGGUCAACACAUGUACUGCUAUAAAGGUUUGAUUACCAACAUCAGUGAACCUGUCACAACCAAAAUUAGUCCCUUUGGUAAAAGCUACAUAUCUGGAUCAUGGGGCAGGCAGGCCCAGAUGGACACAGAGGGAGAAAAGGACAGCUACUGGGUUCAACCUCUGACCAACAACCACAUCUCCGGUAACACAUUCCGUGUUUACCAAUCCUAUGAAGACUUCAUGGCAGCUGUUGGCCAUAGGGACUAUAAUUUUGCUCCAUCAAACACUCAUACCAAUGCAAUUGAGGGUCCAAGUGGUGUACUGUAUGGUGAGGCUUUGUACUACCACUGCUACCGCUCCGCUGACAUCUGCAGGUAUGACCUGAAGACCAACAGUGUGAAACGAGUGACCCUCCCAGGCACUGGUGUGGGCUUUAACAACAAGUUCCCAUACUGCUACUAUGACUGCCGUACGAACAGCGAUGUGGAUGUGGAGGUUGAUGAGACUGGACUGUGGGCGCUCUAUGCUACCGUCGGGAACCACGGCAACCUAGUAGUGAGCAGAUUAGCUUGGGAUGGCGAAGCCGAGACUCUCAAUGUUACGCAGACCUGGGAGACCAGGCUUUUUAAGAAGGCCGUAAGCAACGCUUUCAUGGUGUGCGGCGUAUUGUAUGCCACCCGUUAUGUGGACGAUUACAAAGAAGAAGUGUUCUACGCUUUCGACACAGCGACUGGUAAAGAAGAUAAUUCACUUACACUGCCACUGGAGAAAGUAGCUAAAGGGGUGGCUAGUCUAAGCUACAACCCCACAUUCAGGCAGCUCUACAUGUAUAACGAUGGAUACCUUAUGGCUUAUCAGACCUUGUUUUGAUUUAAUGCAUCAUUCAUUUUGAGCUAUGCUUAUCAAGUGCAACAAAAAUAUACAAAGCUUCAAGUAUACAAUGAUAUAAUAAAUAUUUGGGAAUGUAAUGGGAGAACAGGCAGAGUGGAUAUUUCUUAACAGCAAGAUCUCUGUCACUGUGCACUCGGAACAUCAUUG